AUGGUAAAUUUCUCCUUCUGCAGCAGGACCCAGGAAGCCUCCCAGCCUCAGGCCUCGGCCCCUGGCGCGGCCCCUGGCUCCUGGAGGACCUCUCUCCCCACGCCUCAGCUCCGAACCACCACAGACACCAAGGAACCCAGGACUGCCAGAGUGAACCCCACUCCAACGAGACGUCUCUUCAAUAUCCCAGACAGCAGUAGCAGCUGGCUGAGCCGUAGCUCCUCUUACACCCGCCGCCUCAAUAGCACAGGAUGUGAUCUCAGUAGCUCCACCCCCUCCUUGCCUCGCAGCUCAUCCUAUGGACGCAGACUGGAUGACCCCACGGUGACUUCUACAACAGGAACUGGAAGUAGCUGCUCUGCUGGACUCAGUCGUCUCAACAUCCUAGUGGCCCAGAGACUGGCUCAGGAGCAGUGUUCUGUCACCACCACCACCUCCAACUCUGUCACCACCACCACCUCCAACUCUGUCACCACCACCACCCCCAACUCUGUCACCACCAGUGACCUGGAGACCAAGCAGAGACGCAAAUCCUACCUGACCCCGGUUCGUGAUGAGGAGGCUGAGGCUCAGAGGAAGGCUCGCUCCAGACACGCCAGACAGUCACGACGAUCCACUCAGGGCGUGACGCUCACAGACCUGCAGGAAGCUGAGAAGACCAUGAAGACGGACAAAGGGACAGAAAAGACAAAGGAAGAGGAGGAAGAGAAGAAGAGGAAGAAGGCAGAAGAGGAGGUAAGCUGGAGGUCCCGUAUCGCCAGCCUGCAGAAGUCUGACCUGUUGGGGUUGACUCAACCCGCUGGUACCCUUCGCCCCCAGACCUCCGGCCAGGAGAGUAGUGCAGGAGGGGAAAGUGAGAGUGACCGUAUCGUCAGGGAGAGACGGAGGGCCAGGAGGAGAGCUCAGAGAGCCGGAGAGAGUGAUGACAACGACAUGAGUGGAGAGGAGGGGUUUGGAGGCAAUGGGCAGGAUCCACAGACAGACAGCCAUUCCAGCACCAGGUCUGACGUGUCAUGUAACGACAGAGGAGGAGGCUCUGAGACCAAGGAUUACAAGAAGCUGUUGGAGGAGGUGUCCAGGGAGAAUGGUCAGCUCCAGUCUCAGCUGCAGGACGCCCAGAGGACCAUCUCUCAGACCAGACUGGACCUGGACAAGGUUACACAGAGACAGGAGCGGUUUAGUUGUUCAGCAACGCUGGAGCUGGAGAAGAAGGAGCGACGGAUGUUGGAGCGGCGUGUUGCUGAGCUGGAGGCGGAGUUGAAGGUGCUAGGUGACCUGAGAGCUGACAACCAGCGACUGAAAGACGAGAACGGAGCGCUGAUCAGGGUCAUCAGCAAGCUUUCCAAAUAGUCAUCAACAAGCUUUCCAAAUAGUCAUCAACAAGCUCUCCAAAUAGUAAGAGGGAAUUUUUCCUCUCCCUCCCUCCCGAGAAAAGAGAGAGAGAGAGAGACGCAGCCAUGACAACAGCUCGCAUAGUAGUAACGAGUCGUGACAGCAGCCAAAUGCCCAUGACAAUGUGCACCAGGGGGGAAAACACUAAUAAACACACAGACCUAUAGUCUUCUUUGCGUGCCACACACACACUCUCCAUGCACAUUGGACCAGUCCAAGGCAUCUUGUUCCCUUUACAUAACUCUCCCACCAAGUAAGGAUUUGUUUUGUGACCACCACAUUCACACAACCUUUACCAUCACCAACCCACUCCACUAUUGUAAUAACUACCAAUCCCUGUCCCUCCCACUCAAAUGAUCCUACCCACAAAUACACCCUUUAUAGAGGCUUUAACUGACUCCAUCCAUAACCUGGAUCCAUACCAUAGACAUCCAUCCAGCUUUCUUUGUGUAACAUCCUAAACUCUAAACAGAAACCAUGACCUUUCAUAACAGUUUGGGCCUGUUUCCUGGACACAGAUUAAGCCUAGCCCAGACCUAAUUGAGGUUCUGCUCUGCAUUGAGCAAGCUUUUUAGUCCAGGACUAGGUUUAGUCUGUGAAGAUAAAGAUACAUACGUGGGAAUACUGCCUGUGUCCGGGAAACCAGCCCUUAACGUUUCUCAGUUGAAGAACCGGUUUAAGAAACAGAAACCAUGAAACUGGUUAAACUUUCAGUAUUCAGUCACUUUCAGAGUUCAAUCUCUAAAAUGAAGACCAGGGGGAAACCCAAUCCAUGAGCCUCUUAAUCUGGUAAAAUCAUUCCACAUCCAUCAGCCUCUUAAUCUGGUAGUGUCAUUCCACAUCCAUGAGCCUUUUAAUCUGGUAAUGUCAUUCCACAUCCAUGAGCCUCUUAAUCUGGUCAUUCCACAUCCAUGAGCCUCUUAAUCUGGUAAUGUCAUUCCACAUCCAUGAGCCUCUUAAUCUGGUCAUUCCACAUCCAUGAGCCUCUUAAUCUGGUAAUGUCAUUCCACAUCAAUGAGCCUCUUAAUCUGGUAAUGUCAUUCCACAUCCAUGAGCCUCUUAAUCUGGUAGUGUCAUUCCACAUCCAUGAGCCUCUUAAUCUGGUAAUGUCAUUCCACAUCCAUGAGCCUCUUAAUCUGGUAAUGUCAUUCCACAUCCAUGAGCCUCUUAAUCUGGUAAUGUCAUUCCACAUCCAUCAGCCUCUUAAUCUGGUAAUGUCAUUCCACAUCCAUCAGCCUCUUAAUCUGGUAAUGUCAUUCCACAUCCACAAGCCUCUUAAUCUGGUAAUGUCAUUCCACAUCCAUGAGCCUCUUAAUCUGGUAGUGUCAUUCCAUAUCCAUGAGCCUCUUAAUCUGGUAAUGUCAUUCCACAUCCAUGAGCCUCUUAAUCUGGUAAUGUCAUUCCACAUCCAUGAACCUCUUAAUCUGGUAAUGUCAUUCCACAUCCAUGAGCCUCUUAAUCUGGUAAUGUCAUUCCACAUCCAUGAGCCUCUUAAUCUGGUAAUGUCAUUCCACAUCCAUGAGCCUCUUAAUCUGGUAAUGUCAUUCCACAUCCAUGAGCCUCUUAAUCUGGUAGUGUCAUUCCACAUCAAUCAGCCUCUUAAUCUGGUAGUGUCAUUCCACAUCCAUGAGCCUCUUAAUCUGGUAAUGUCAUUCCACAUCCAUGAACCUCUUUAUCUGGUAAUGUCAUUCCACAUCCAUGAACCUCUUAAUCUGGUAAUGUCAUUCUACAUCCACGAGCCUCUUAAUCUGGUAAUGUCAUUCCACAUCCAUGAGCCUCUUAAUCUGGUAAUGUCAUUCUACAUCCAUGAGGCUCUUAAUCUGGUAGUGUCAUUCCACAUCCAUGAGCCUCUUAAUCUGGUCAUUCCACAUCCAUGAGCUUUUUAAUCUGGUAGUGUCAUUCCACAUCCAUGAGCCUCUUAAUCUGGUCAUUCCACAUCCAUGAGCCUCUUAAUCUGGUAGUGUCAUUCCACAUCCAUCAGCCUCUUAAUCUGGUAAUGUCAUUCCACAUCCAUGAACCUCUUAAUCUGGUAAUGUCAUUCCACAUCCAUGAGCCUCUUAAUCUGGUAAUGUCAUUCCACAUCCAUGAGCCUCUUAAUCUGGUAAUGUCAUUCCACAUCCAUGAACCUCUUAAUCUGGUAAUGUCAUUCCACAUCCAUGAGCCUCUUAAUCUGGUAGUGUCAUUCCACUCCACAUGUGUUUUGAACCCACCUACCUCUCCCACCACCGAUGCACUCCUCCCCCUCACAAACUAUUGUGACCACAGUCUCUGCAUCCCAAAUGGCACCCUAUUCCCUAUGUAGUGCACUACUUUAGGGCCCUGGUCAAAACUAGUGCACUAUAUAGGGUGUCAUUUGGGAUGUACCCAGACACACACAGACCACAGACGAACUCCAUGCUCCUUUUAAAUGACCACAGACAGAGCAGUCUGUUGACCACUGCACUUUACUCACCAUCAGCCAGGCAGGCCAAGCUAAGCGAUCACAGAUCAGUGCAGCACCAGGCAAAGCUAAGCGAUCACAGAUCAGUGAGGCUUCGCCCCAUGUCCUGAGUCAUGCUAAUACAAAAACAGCUCCUCUCCUACACGAAUCUGCAUCCCAAUAAUCUGUCCUUUCUCCUGACGGGUUGCACUUGUGCACUCCGUCACAAAUGUAAAAGUCUUGAAUAGGCAUGGGCUUCACCGUGUUUUUAUACCAGUCAUUUGCUUUUAUACCAUGAUAAGAAGUGAACAAUUUGGUAGAAAGCAACGAUUAUCGGGAUGCAAAGGACUCCCUCCUUAGGUUUCUAUUGGGUAGGAAGGAGGGGGAGGAUGGAGGGAGGGAGGGAGGUGAGGUAUCGCCGCAGACCUGAGGGUCAAAGAUCAUUGCACAAUAUUAGAGAGACUUGCUGUUCUGUAAAAACAUAUAUGCUAUGCAUUGUUUAUUAUUAUUAUUAUUAUUAUUAUUAUCAUGAUAAAUAUUAUUUUCAUAUUUUUCCAUUUAUCUGAUGUCAAUCUCUCCCACUUUGAAAGGGAGGCAAAUUGUUGGUUAUGUAUAUUAUAUUAUAAAUAAUAUUAGUUUUGAAUGAAUAAUAAUAAUAACCUUCAGAAGUGAAUUCCAUGUAGUCUUCUUCCCCCACCAUGUUGGUCUAAGAUAUUACAUGGAGGAUGGCACUUAAUAAAGGAUGUGUGUGUCUGUA